CUGACCUUGAAGUAAGGCCUUUUCAAUUUAUGAAGUCGACUGCAGUAUUGAAUUUGUGCAAUUAAUCGUUUGAAAUUACUAAAAAAAUGAACAAGUUCGCUUUGAUUUUGCUCUCCUACUUUUUGAGUGGAUAUUUUUGUGAGGGGUAUCUUAAUAAAACAUAUAGACAAACUCGUGUAAAAGAUGCAGAGCUCCACAUUUGUUUUUUCGAUGAGAUAAUGCACAUCGGAAAUUCUAGAAUGGCAACAGUUGUACAGAAGUGUUGCAAUGGUUUCGAAAACAGUGUAGUAAAUGGAACACUCGCCGAUAUUCAGUCAAAAAUUGUGUGCAUUCCGAACUGUAAUCCUAGGUGUUUUAAUGGCAAAUGUACGUCUCCAAAUGUGUGCACUUGCAAUGCAGAUUACGACUUUAAAACGAACAGUACACACAUUUGUGAACCUAUUUGCAAAAAUUGUACAAAUGGUGAAUGCAUCGCUCCUGAAAAAUGUGAAAGUCAUUCCGGGUAUAUAUUCAACUCAAAAACUGAAACCUGCGUUCCUGAAUGUUUUGGAUGUGAAAAUGGUCGAUGUGUUGAACCAAAUAAAUGCGAGUGUAACGAUGGAUAUCAAGAUUCCAAUGAGACAACCAGUCUGUGUCAACCGAUAUGCAUGCCAUCCUGUAAAAAUGCAAAAUGUAUCGAACCAAAUACGUGUGAAUGUGAUCAGGGAUAUAAAGUUCUGGAUCAUGAAAAGCCAAAUGAAUGUCAAUGUGGAGCAUACUGUGCAGAAAUUGACGAAAUAUGCCAUUGCUUAAACGAAGAACAACGCAUCGAUGGAUUUUUGAUUGAAAAUGACGUGUCAUCUCUAUGUACAGAAACAAUUUUACCUAAUGGAACGUCUACAAAAGUCUGCAGUUGUCUCAAUGGAUUUUAUUCGGCAAACAAAACAUGCGUUUGUGCAAAAGGUUACAAAAUGCGUAAUGGAUUCGAUGAUCUUUGUGAACCUCAAUGCGAAACCGAAUGUGUUAAUAGUAUCUGCGCUGAACCAUCGAAAUGUCAAUGUUCGAGUGGAUAUGAGUUAAGCCAAAAUAAAAAUGAAACAAACAUUUGCCAGCCGAUCUGCGAAUCAGGUUGUAGCAAUGGGGCGUGCAUUGCUCCGCAUACUUGCCAAUGCGAUGAAGGAUUUGAAAAUGAAGAACAUUUGAUUGGUAAUUUUACAUGCGUCUCAAAAUCACUUCGGAUUGAAAAGAAAAAAACACCUGAUACGCAACCCGGGGAAGGACAUUGGUAUAUUAUUUCUCUUCCAUUAUGUUCAUUCUUGGCUGGCUUAUUUCUUGGAAUUAUUGUCACUUUAAUUUUUGUGGCCACACUGUAUUGCGUCACACUCUGCGUGAUAAAAGAACGAUUGGACAUUGCCAACAUUUAGUGAAUGAAAUCCUCAAAAAUUUAGUUUUUUCGCUGGAAUAUUGCUG